AUGACAUCUCACAGUGCUUAUGGAAAACGAGAAAGAAUUGUAAAUGGAGCUGUAGUCGACAUACGCAAUUUGCCAUUCAUUGUCUCCAUAAGAUUUAAUCCAACGAAUAUUCAUUUAUGUGGCGGCAUUAUACUUAGUCAAAAACACGUACUCACUGUUGCUCAUUGUGUUUAUGAUUUUAAAUACGAUUGGUCCAACCUAAAAGUAUUUGCUGGAACUUCGACUUUGUCUGCGACCGAAGGUACUGCGUAUGCGGUAGAAAGUAUUCGGUAUCAUCCACGGUAUAACGCUGUACUCGUGGAAAUAACUCGUUACCGCUAUGAUUUGGCCAUUCUCAGUGUCGAAGAAGUUAUUAAUUUUAACGAAGUACAAAAACCAGCUUCUCUUCCAACAAGAGAUAUUAUUCCAGGCGAUGAUGUUAUAAUAGCUGGUUGGGGACUACCAACGCCUUUAAAAGGAUUUUUUUCUUAUAAUUUACAAAAAGCUACGGUGAAAGUUGUUACAUAUAAAUACUGUAGAGAAAAUUUCCCAUUUCCUUUAUAUAAUGAGCAGUUUUGUACAUAUAUGAAGAAAACUAGCGCAAGAGAUGGUGACGACGGAGGACCGGUAAUUAGUAAUGAUACAGUAAUUGGCAUUAUGAUUUAUAGAAGUUCAUCAGUCCAUGAUGCCUGUGAUAUUCAAAGCAAUCUUUACAAACAAAUGGAUUUCAUAAAAUCCGUCCUCCAGCAUUAACAUCUUUAUGUUUAAUUUACUAUUUAAUAAUUAAUAU